UUUAUUUCUCACUUGGAUUCACUCUUCGGCUCAACCGGUCACCUCUUCUUUCCUCUCUCGCUGGACUGGAAAUUCUGCUGGAAACUUAUUUUUUUUUACUUUUCAAGAAAGAAGAUAAGUUUCAUCUGGAAAUCUGCUGGAUUUUUGGUUUUCUCACCUUCUCUCCUUGGCUCAACUGGUGGUCUUCUUCUCUCUCUUGUGGAAAUUCUGCUGGAAACUUAUUUUUUACUUGGGAAGAAGAUAAGUUCAACCGGUCAAUGACCUCUUCUCUCUGCUGGAAAUUCUGGAAACUUAUUUUUUUACUUUCGAAGAAGAUAAGGUCGGAAUUUUGAAAGGGUGUGGUCAUCAUCGCGGUUUGGCUUAUCGGUUAUCAAUUCUUUUUGAGUGGGGGUUCCUAAAAAUACACAAUUUUCCUAUUUUACCUUCCAAGACGAGAAGAUGAAAUUAGAACGGACUCAAGUCACUGACCCCACGUUGGGCACGUUCAACUGGUGCAAGUUUAGUGCAACACAUAACGAUAAACGCGGAUUUAAAUGCAUCUUUAGCGAAUGUGCUACGAUUUUUCGAAAAAGGGAAGAUGCCCUCCACCAUGUGAACAAGUUCGAUUUGGAGCAACACAUCCGUUUUGGGUUGGUCAAGCCAUCCAACAAGUUUCGUCGCCUUUUUAUUGGUGAUACUCCUCCUCAAGAGGAUCAUGAUCUGGCCACCAUCAUGGGUCAAUCGGAGGCUGAAAUGUCCCAGAACUUCUACGCCAAGUUUGAAGAAUGCACUCGGAAGUUGAAAGAAACCAGUGUUGGGGAAGUAGACGUUUCUUCUUCUUCUUCAGAAGACGGGGAGGACGACGAUGAGGACGAUCAUACUGGCGACAUGCAAAUUGAUACGAGCCAAGUUGAUGCAUUCUUCGAUGACAGCGCGAUUCUAGAAGAUUUCGAGGGUUUGAAGAAUUUGAUGGAGACUGAACCCAGUUGUUUCAAUUCAAUCCUUCAAGCUCCACUGCGUGGCAGCUAUUUGCAUGGCAAGUAUGGCAAGUAUUCGAAGGAAGAAUUGCGGAAGAUGAAGUGGAUGGAUAUCUACGAUGAAGCAAGUGUUGGUGGAAUUACGAUCAAGACGAGUGAUCAGUUGAAACUUGAAAAAACGAGCGACAACUCGUCCAACAAAACGGAGGAGCGUCCUUGUUGCUCUUACUCUUCUUCUUCUUCUUCCUCUUCAAACUGUCCUUCAACUAGUAGCAGCAGUGUCGGAGGCAGGUCUUUAGGAUUAUUACAACUCUUGGAUGCCGGUUACAACGUUGGCUGCUCUUCUAGUGACAAGCCCAUCAAGCUAGACAAUAUUACUCUAGAAAGCAUGUUGGAAUCUAGCGCCAAGAUUGUGGGACGAGGUCGUAUUCCCUCGAGACGAAAUUGGAAAACUCUACCAAAAUUGCCAGAGAGAGAAAUGGCCAAGCAUCGAAGAGUUGUACACAGAGAAAAAAAAGCUCGGGCCGAACUUGAAGAAAAACAGAGGAUGGAAAUGGGUCAAGAUAAGGAUGAAAUCAUGCAACCUACGGAAGAAUCGUGCUCGGCUGAGACUAAACGACGGGUCAAGAUCGAGACGGAGGAGGAUAAGGAAAAAGAAGAUGUGCCUGUCGUUCGAAGCACGGUUGCACCCCCUCCAAUUUCUGCUGCUCCAGUUGCACCCAGAUCAACUUUUGUUGCUCCUGUAGUUACGCCCCCUUCAAUUUCUGUUGCUCCAGUUGCUCCUCAUCAAGAGGGCCCACUUUACUACUCGUACAGCUUCAUUUACGAGACUGGACUGAAAAAUAAGCCCAAAUUUGCACAAAGUGGAAAUCAAAAGCCGUACCACUGCCCAGUCCCGGACUGUCCAAAAACCUACAAGAACGCGAACGGGCUCAAGUAUCACGCCAUUAAUGCUCACAACCCUCCGCAAAUUUACAAAUGCGACCAGUGCAGCAAAUUGUACCAGACGAAGAGCAGUCUCGACAAGCAUAUCAAGGCGCACACUCAACCUCCUCGAGCAGUACCGGCGAACAGUUCUCGCAGCGGAAAAUUGCACCCACCAGCGCCCAAGAGGAAGGCAGUCGCAGUCACCCCAACGACAAGCCAACCUUCGGAUACUGAAUCAGAAACGGAAGUUGAUCACGGAACCAAGGAGCAGCAACAGGUUCAACAAACUAUCGUUCCACCACAACCACAACCCACUGUCACCCCCAUCGUGACCCCCAUGCCAGCCUGGGAGUCACCAAGUGCAUCGUCGUCGUCGUCAUCAUCUUCCUCAGGACUUUCUCAGUUUGAAAAUUACCCAUACUUCCAUCAACAACAUUUUGGACAACGUCCACCACCACAACAACAACAGCACUCGUCUGGUUCACUGUAUUCGAGCAGUUGUGGUGGAGAUUCUAUCAAGACUCCGGAUCACCGUGAGGUUGAAGAACUUCGUGCUAUUCCGACUUCCAGUCCAAUCUCGUUUGAUCUCGAUUUUGAUCCGUCCCUCUUGUCGAAUGAGGUUUUGGAAGACAGCAAUGAUUCUUCCGAUGUCGGGGCUGCCUUCCAGGACAGCAUGUUGUAUCCAAGCAUGCCGAAACUUGAGCUGGUCAUGCAUACGCCGCGUAAAGCGGCGCCACAGUACGAAAGGACAUACGGACUUCCGCCCCAACUGAAGCGAAAGGAUAGGUCAUCCGCUCCAAUGACGGCGUCGCAAAUGUACUUCCAUGAACGGGCUGGACCCCAGUCGAACAUGUACUAUCAAAAUUAGGAACUCAAUUACUUCGUCUACCAUUUAGUAUUAUUAUUCAGUCAAAACAAGUCAAGUUAUUCAGUCAAAAGUUAUAUUCAGAGCUUUAAUUGCAAAUUGGUGAUUUAAUUCUGUGAAUUUUAGUUAAUCAUGUUCAAAAAUUUUAGUCAAUAUUUAUUUGUUCUUGGGUUGUGUUUUGUGUUCCUGAAUUGUGUUUGCUUGUUAAAAUUUAUUUGUUUAUUUGUUCUUGUUUGUUCUCGAGUUCUGUUCUUAAAUCGUGUUCUUUUGUUAAAAUUUAUUGUUUUUAAGAAGUGCAACCUAACCAGGGUUUGCU